UAUACAAGUUGCCUUAAUUGAUAAGAAAAUCGUUUGCUUUACAUAAUACUCGUGUGUUUUGUUUCAAUCGAAUUUUACACUUCUACUUGUUUGUACGAUUAUUCAAAAAACCAUUUUAGAAUGGCACACGAAGAAGGAGACCCAGCCGAAAUCGCCAAGUUAACAGGCAUGGGAAAAUACUUCAAUACUUUGACGACCAAAGGUCGAGUUAACAUUGUGUGUGCAACCUAUGGAACCGUAGCUGUAGGAUAUUUAUUAUAUAAACUACGCAGUCCAAAAGCAGAAAAACCAAGUUCUUCAUCUUAAAUAAAAUGUUUUAUUAAUUUUAGAAAUGCAUCAUAGAUUUAGGUUAUAUGAUUUGAAUAUUUUUAAGAUUAAUUUCAUAUACAAAAAAAAAAAAAAUAUAUAUAUGAAAUAAAGA